AUGGGGGAAAAGAGCACAAUUGUUAUAUCUGGUCACCAAUCUAUAAGUUAUUUUUCUGAUGUCAGAAACCUUUGCUGGUUUUUGGAACCAGAAUUUGCAAAUUCAGUGGUUAGACUACACAAACUUGUUGGAAACGCAAUUACUGAAGACCACCACAUUGUGGUUGGGACAGGUUCUACACAACUCUUUCAGGCUGUACUAUAUGCUCUCUCUCCACCGAAUGCAUCUGAGCCCAUGAAUGUGGUAUCUGCUGCCCCAUUCUACUCGAGACUAACAUGCACCACUGGUGGUGGUGGUGGUGGUCCUCGAUUCCCAUUGACCAGCACCAGCAUAUUCUUCUGUACUUUUUUGGCCGACCUCAAACCACUCAAAUAG